AUCCACCACGAGUUGCUAUGUAGGCGCACUUGAGGCGCACUCUCGAGUACCUUGCAUACCCCAUCAUUCGAAGAAGGAAACUGCUGAGAUCUUCUCGGGAUUCAAUCCACAGGAACUGCUCUGUGGAGCAAAAUCCUUGAAUGAACACUGCGGCCCGGCGGGUCGACCAUUCUUGGACACCCAUUGCUCGACCAAGUGCUUUGACAGCUGCCAACCACGUCAUCGCUGUGAUGUCAACUCUAGACUACAUCGACGUCCCCGCGUCGGCCUCCCGCCUGCGACCCUCGGCCCCGAUCAAGGACAGGGCGGCCAACAAAGACGAGCCCAAGUCCCUCAAGCGCGUUCUCCCCGUCGUCACGUCCGUGCCACACCCGCCGCCGCCCGUCCUGCACCGCCGCUCGGACUCCAGCUCAUCCACAGGCUCCCCGGGCAAGAACGCCGUGAAUCUCCUCCCCCAGCUGCUGCUGUCGACACUACCCUCGAGUGCGGUGCACUCGGGCCCAAAUGUGCCGAAUCCGCGCGGCAAGCAGCAGGAUGUCGCGGCCCUCUUGUCCUCACGCGACCCGCUCUCCGUGCCGAUCCUGACGGUCAACUUCAAGCGCUUCGUCGAGCGCGUCGGGCCGGUGUUCUGGCUCCAGGAUAGGAUUGAGGAGAUUGUGAUGUGGCGGCGGGGAUGGAAGGUCACGGGCGUGUGGAUUGCUGCCUACGCGUUCCUGUGUUUCUUCCCCAGACUGCUGUUUCUAUUGCCCCAGAUAUUCUUGAUUGCAAUAAUCCUCGCGACCCACCCGACAACAACUGGCAAGCCCCCGCCAGCGACAGACGCCACGGCUGAAACGGGUUCAGUCGACUGGCAGGCUAACAUUCAAGCAAUUCAAAACCUCAUGGGCUUCGUUGCCGAUGCCGAGGUUUUCGUCCAACGGUAUCUUCCCUACAUCACAAACCGCUCCCCGCAGACACCACACGUCCUCACCGUCCUCGUCUUCUCGCUCUUCCCGGCCCUCGCACUCGUCUCUCUCCCCAGUUUCCCCGUCAGAACAGUCGCUCUACUCGCCGGCAUCCUUCCCUUCGCCUUCACCCACCCCCUCGUGCAGACGCAUCUGCCCGCGAUCAUCGCAUUCAUGCACACGCACGCCGACGCCAGCCCGGUCCUCAGCCGACUCCGGCAAUGGGCGUGGAGAGCCCACAGCGGGGGCUCGGCCCUGCCGCGCUCGUGGUCCGCGCUCGCGGUGCGCGUGCUGGACGACGCGAACCUCACGGACCAGUGCUGGGUCGCCGACAUGCGCGAGGUCGAGCUCUGGGAGAACGAGCGGUACGGGACAGCCUCCGGGGACGGCGUGCAUCCCGAGUGGAGCAAGGCGAAUCUGCGCGACAGCGAGCGUGCGGCGUGGACGCGUGGCCGCGACGGAUGGAGCGGUCUCGGCGGGCAGGGCGGUGUCAACAGCAACCUCACGUUCACGCUCGAUCACGGCUGGUCGUUCGUGCUAACCGAAGACUGGCGUCCUGAUCUGGAAGCAUCUUGGGUACGCACUUCACACGCGUCAGAUGGCGAUCUAGAGCUCGGAGACGAAGAUGGCUGGGUGUAUUCCAAUGACUCGUGGAGCUCCCCACGACCUGCAAACAGCGUCGACUCCCCUAGUACCGGCGGAAUCACACGACGACGACGCUGGGUGCGUAGAAUCUGGCUCGACUGGGCUCUGAUACAAAAUCCGUGAUGAUUGUAGUGUAAUCUGUACAAAACGAGAGUUACAUAUAUAAUUUGGCAGAUCUACCGGGACUCGGUGAACUUGAGCGCGACAACGGUCCCAUCCUCGAGCUUGAUCAGCACACUGGGUGCCACAGAGAGCAGCCCGAUGCCCAUCCCAUGGACGGUCUGCACCCGCUCCCCCGUAUCGACCCUCCACGCAUGCAUCCCGCUCCUGGUAAAAGCCAACAACAACUGGGGUGUGACCAGCGCAAACUGCUUCGCCGUCUCCGCCCACCGUAUCGCGAGCUCCGAUUCGCACGGUAUUCCCG